GUUUUAGGUACAGUAUUUUCUAACCUUGAUAACCCCAACAAUCAAUCCCUUUGCUUAUCCUCAGUCCUCACUUUCCACCCCCAAAUUCCCGAGAAAACUCCUCCCAAAUGGGAAGAAGAAAGAUGGAGUUAUUCGAUCUCGAGAAACACUUCGCCUUCCACGGCGCAUACCACAGCAACCCAGUGAACAGCCUCAUACACAUGUUGUUCGUUUGGCCAAUCUUCUUCACGACUCUCAUUCUCCUCUAUUUCACACCUGCUUUCUUCUUUGAAUCCCCAUUUGAUCAGUUUCCUCUCGGCCUCGUUCCCAAUUAUGGGUUUCUCGUCUCUUUGAUCUAUGCUUCGGUUUACGCCUUCAUGGAUAAGAAAGCUGGUCCUCUGGCUGCGAUUCUCUGCUUGGCCUGUUGGGUCUCUGCUAGUCUUGUUGCCAAACAUCUUGGCUUUCCUCUGGCUUUGAAGGUGGUUGUGGCAGCUCAGUUGUUCUGUUGGACCGGCCAGUUCAUAGGCCAUGGUGUAUUUGAGAAACGAGUGGCGGCUCUGCCGGAGAACCUAACCCAAACUUUUCUGAUGGAACCAUUCUAUGUAUUACUUGAAGCUCUUCAACUGGUUUUCGGCUACGAACCAUAUCCAGGGUUUGAUGCAACUGUGAAAGCUAAGAGAGAUGCCGAAAUCAAAAAAUUGCAGGAGAAGAAAGAGAAGAAAAUUUGGUAACAUCGAGAACAUAAAUCAGCUUGUAAAACUUGGCAAACAAUUUAUGAAUCUUGUCUCUUCAAUCUAGGGUUAUUCCCAUUUGAAAAUAAAUCGAGAAGAAAUCAGUAUGUACAUCGAAAGUACAUUCGUAAAAUGGUUUUUACAUCUCU